AUGCAUUCUCUUUUUUUCGACAACAACGCAACUCUCCACUUUCCCUCCAACUUAAAUUUUUCACUUGUUUUCCCAAACAGUCACAAACUCUCCUCAAAACCCCGUUUCCAAUCCUCCAUCAGAACCAACACAACAAACGCCAAACACGCCCCUAACAAAAAGGUUAUCAUCCUAUGGGACCUCGACAACAAACCUCCCAGUGGACCACCAUACGCCGCCGCACUUUCUCUCAAAACCCUCGCCGAACGCUUCGCCGACGAGGUUUCUAUCUCCGCUUACACAUACCGUCACUCCUUCUUCAAGCUCCCUCAAUGGAAUCCCAACCAAAACCCUAACCCUAAUUCCAUUCUCUGCCGUGUCUGCGGUCAAGAAUGCAAAUCCCUUCCCGAUCUCGAAUUUCAUUUCAGGAGAAUUCACCUGUACCAGCGCGAGAAGUUGUGGGAAAAAAUUCGAUCGAUUCGAUUGAGCCGAUCGAGGGUCAAGUUUAUUAGGAAGAUUCAUACGUAUAAUGAAGCUGCGGGGAAUGGUGUUCCGCCGAUGGUUGGAUUUGGAUUGGGUUCGGAGUUGCGGCGGGCGGGGGUUUUUGUUAAAGUUGUGGAAGUUGGUGAGAAGGGGAAUGCGGCGGAUUUGUGGUUGAAGAAGGAGAUGAUGAGUGGAGAGAUUGGUUGGUUGGUUUUGGUUUCGGAUGAUCAGGGAUUUUCGGAUAUGUUGAGGAAGGUUAGGGAAGUGGAUUUGAAGACGGUUGUUGUUGGUGAUUAUUGGGGUAGGGAUUUGGGGAAGAAUGCUGAUUUGUGGCUUCCUUGGAUUGUUGUUGAGAAUGGGAAGGUUGAGGGAAUGGGUUUAAAGGGAAUAAUAAGAGCAGUAACAGAGGGUUUGGAUGAUGAAUUGGUUUAG